GACAAGGGCAAUAUGUGAUUCUCAGAAGUACACAGUGAUUACUUUUUACAGGAGGGGUGGGUAAUGUCCCAGGACAGAACAGGUCACAUGUAAGGGACAGUGGAGGGGUGUGAAGAACAGGUGGGACAGAGGGAUGUUUAAAAAGGGUGGGAUGGAGGGAUGUAAAAGAAGUCAGGAUAGAAAGAUGGAGACGGCGCUAACAGAUGGACUGAAGAGGGAUUAUGGAUGCUCUUGGUAGAGUGUGACACCAAUUUCCAAGGAAAGGCAGGAAAAGGAGGAGAUUUGGGCAGGAUUGUACCAAAAAAGGGGAAAACCAGAAAUAAUCGCAAAAGGAUAAGGAGGCAAACUGCAUGCUGAACCAAAGAGACGAGACCUUCUGUGUUUAACAACUGCACAGAAGGUAUAAAAAGAUGAAAAUGAAUGGAUCGAAAUAGGGAGAAGUGAUUACGAUGGACAUGAUGUAAGAAGAUUAAUGUGCACAGGUAAAAAUCUGCUUUUUUAAUGCAGAAUAAUGUUGAUUUUCUUGUAAAAUAUAAAUUUAAUUCUCGAUACUGCAGAUACAACUGGUACAACUCUUAAACAAUAAAUGAAUGAUUCAAGCAUUUGUUCUGAUUAGCGCACAUAAAAUGUCUUUCGUAUCGCUUACAAACACAUUAAAAUAAAUUUUAAUUUAGGAUCUGUUUUUCAAUAAACUGUAAAAAGUAAAAAUGUGCAGAUGUUGCCUUAAAGAACUGUUUCUAGUUGAUCUGACUUAUGAAAAUGAUGUAACCUAUAAUGUAAACAGGUUCAUUCAGAUAUGUGAAACUAUAUUUUUUAGUUUUUAUAUUAAAUGGUCACAUAGCUCGAAAUUUUAAAGUCAUUUUAUUUUAAGGAUAAAUAUAAUAUAUAGGAAUCCUUAAAAGCAAAAAAAAAAAAAAAAAAAAAAAAAACAUGCACACCUACAAAGCCCAAACAGAUUAAAACAGAUUAUUAGAGGAUUACAAGUAAAGUUAGACUUAAUGCAAGAGCUUAACUAAUAAUUUCAUCACGUAACUCCAAACGUAAUCCUUUGAAUUCCCUCUCUUUCCUUUUCUCAUUUUUAAUCCCAUUCAGGGAUAGACUGGAUGAUGCGUUAGGGAAUAUCAGUAAUAGUUCCAUAUCAUUUAUUCAGCAUUACAUAAACAGGUUUUAUCUUCAGUUUACAGUUCUACACAUACAUUUACAUACUCCUUGCAAGAUAUGUAAGAUGUUAAUAAUUUUAACAAAAUAAGAGGGAUCAUAAAAAUUCCAGGUUAUUUUUUAGAACUGUCCUGAAGCCGUUUCACAUAACAGACAGUUAAACUGACCACUGUUCUUAAAAAAAAAAAAAAAAAAAAAAAAAAAAUCCUCCAAGUCCUGCACAUUCUUUGGUUUUCCACCAUCUUCUGCAUAUUUGAACCCUUUCCAGCAGUGACUAUGAUUUUGAGAUCCAUCUUUUCACACUGAGGACAACUUUUACACAAAAGGUGAAAACAUGCACUGAUUUUCACUGAAGGCAACAUGGUGCAUUAUAGGGGUGUAAUCUUUUUGAUUUGUAUUAUUUUGUAUACUGGGAAACAUGUAUAUCUCUGAAGUGCAGUACUAAAUGGAGAAAAAAAAAAAAAAAAAAAUCCUUAAACAAAAUAAGAAAAAUGUACACCCUAUGAAGGUCUUUUUUUUUUUUUUGUAGAGUUUUGUAAGUUCUCUUCAUCUUCUGCUCUUAUUAUUAGUGGAGCACCUCAGGGCUCUAUUUUGGGUCCAUAUCUUUUUAACUUAUAUAUGUGUCCACUGGGGGAUAUUAUUAAGAAGCAUAAAGUUUUAUUUCUUUUUAAUGCCUAUACACAGCUGUACCUGCCGUUGAAAUCUGGCAAUUCCAUUCAACCUUUGUUGGAAUACAUCUAGGACAUAGAUAGAGAGCUUUUUCCAUUGUCGCCCCUGUCUAUGGAACCAAUUGCCUCUGGACAUCCAAGUUGCACCUUCCAUUACUAUUUUUAAAUAAAAAUUGAAAAUAAAAAAAUCUCUACUCCCUGGCAUUUUAAUAUUACCAUACUCCUGUUUUAUUGUCUGUUUUGAUUGGCUUUACUCUGCUCAGCACUUUGGAUAGCUCUGCUAUGUUUAAAUGUGCUUUAUAAAUAAUAUGUACUUUUACUUUACUUUUUAAUAGUUGUGUAUAAGUUCCUCAACUGUCCUCAGAGUGAAAAGAUGGAUCUCAAAAUCAUACAGUCACUGCUUUGAAAGAGUUUUAAAAAGCAGAAGAUGCUAGAAAACAAAAGAAUGUACAGGAUUUUUCUUAAGAACUGUGCAGAGUUAUUGUUAUAACUGACACUAAAACCAUUAAAUAUGUGUUACUUAAAAUAAAACAAACAUAAAAAACAAACUUGUUUUAUUUCAGGUAGCUGCCAAAGCAACAUUUCCAAUUUUCAUUUAAUUUAACCUAAUGAACUAAAUAAACUAAAACUAAAAAUGAAAUAAAAAUUAAAAACUAAAAGAAAAAGAAGAAAUGACAAAAACACAGAGCAAAAUUACUAAAACUUUAAAUGAAAUGAAAAUGAAAAAUAUAAACAUAAAAUCUAAUUCAAAAUAAAAACUAUAACAGUAUCUCAAUGAUAAUAAAAUAACACUGGAACAGAGGGCAGUUUAACUGCCCAUGACAAACAAGUGAACAACUCAUAAACAACUAUCAAAACAAAUAAAAUUGUUGAUCGUUUGGGUAACAACACACAGUAUUAAGAUUCAUGGUUAUGUAAACCUUUGAACUGGUUCAUUUGUGUAAAUCUUGUGGACUAUAUGUGUACAUCUCUAAUGUGACAGCUUAUUCAACAGUGCAUGCAAUUUUUUAUGACCCCUCUUAUUUUGUUAUAAUUAUUAACAUCUUACAUAUUCUGCGAGGGGUAUGUAAACUUAUGAAAAUAACUGUAAAUGACUGAUGGGAAGAAGUAAUAGUUAAAUUUAUUUGCCUUUGGUUUUCAAAGCAACAACAAAUCACUAAUAUAAAAUACUCAGAUAUUUUGAAAAUUUCUAAUAAAGCAGUUUUAUGACAUGAAGCAUUUGGUGAUAGAAAAAUAAUAAAGUAAAUAUAAAAAUAUCAAACAAAUAAAAAAUCUGUUAGCUAACAAACUUAAAAUAAUAAUCCAUAUAAUAAUGAUAUACUAAUGCCAAACCAUAUGAACACAUAUAGUGGUCCAGAAGUAAAAUGUAUCUGUGUAGUUAAUGUAAACUGUCUUUUAGAUCUCUUAAAGGACUUUUUCGUUUGUUGCUUUGGUUAAUAAACAUCUACCAAGAACAAAGUUUAAAUGUAUAAGCCUGUGACAUGUGUUUUUCUUUCCUUAUUUGACCCUCUCCUUUAAUAAAUCCACAUCUUCAUUUACCCUACCAUCUGUCAUAGGGAUCUUUUUCUCAUUUCUGCUUUAUAUAAUUUUCUCAAUUUCAUUCUCAUCCCAAAAGACUUUUUGUGCGUGGUCACUGACAUCCCUGUUUAUCCUUCUAUUUCUUACCCCUGGGUAGCAUGUUGGACCACAUGUCCAGGCGUUCUCGCUCGCUGCUCUCUCUUUUCCUGACCUCCCUUGCCCUUGCUUUAUCUGUGCUGGCUUUCUGUACGUCUUACUGGUGUGAAGGAACGCACAAGGUGGUCAAACCUCUCUGCCUUUCACCUGUCAAGAUGAAGAACUGCGGCCAGAACAAUAGUGAGCCUUAUACUACAGAAAGCCCCACCCCAGAUCCACGGGGCACAUUAUCACCAAAGCGAAGGGAGGAACUUGCCAGGAUUCGUCAAAGACAAUUGGCCAAUGCAGUUCACUAUAUUUGGGAGACGGGAGAAGACAAGUACACCUUCAGAUAUUUCCACACAGGAUUUUGGGAGUCUUGUGAAAAACAUGCUGAUGGAGAACGAUGUCGCCGGUUCUUAGAUCUUACUCCUGGAGAGACUCAUGGUGUUCUGUGGUUGUCAAUGAUUGCUGAGUUCAUGUACAUCAGUUUGCUGGGGAUGGGGUUUCUACUCAUGUGGGUGGAGGUGUUGUGUGCUCAUAAAGAAAUGCAUGCGCUCAAAAUCAACGCUUUUGCAGCCAUGUGCACUGUGCUCUCAGGACUGUUAGGGAUGGUGGCUCAUAUGAUGUACACCACCGUAUUUCAGCUGACUGUGAUUGUGGGGCCCAAAGACUGGAGACCUCAGACAUGGGACUACGGCUGGUCAUUUGCGUUGGCAUGGGUGUCUUUCAGCUGCUGCAUGGGUGCUGCAGUUAUGACCCUUAAUUCUUACACCAAAACAGUCAUUGAGAUGCGUCACCGCCAGAGGCUUCGAUUAGAAGAGGCCCGCGCUACAAGCCACGCUCCAUCCUACGAUGAGGUGGUUCCAGGGGGCGGGCUCUACUCCGUCAGUGGCCUAUUACAGUGCCCAAAUGGCAUGAUAGACUCUAUGUGGGCACCCAAUGGGAGCAUGAGAAUGGUGCAAGAGGAGGAUGUGCCCACCCUGGUACUGGUUGGGGGGUGCAGACCGGAUACGUGUGAGGACUGCGAGAGAGAGAUAGAUGAGAUGAAGGAGGCCAUGAAAGGAAUAGAUUCUCCUUGCUAAAUUGGAUGAUGUGAGUUGAGAAGAGAUUCAGCCAAAAAUGAAAAAUCUGACUUCAUUUACUCAACCUCAUGUCGUUCCAAACCUUAAUGAACCUGCGGAACACAAAAGAAGGUAUUUUGAAGAAUGUUGGUAACAGUUUUGGUUACAAUUGACUAUAUGGACUGUGCAACAUGUCUUAAAAUAUCUACUUUUUUGCUCCGCAACAGAAAGAAUACAGUAAUGCGGGUAAAUGAUGUCAGAAUUUUCAUUUUUGGGUGAACUAUCCCUUUAAUGAGUUUUUACAACAAAGGCCUUGUAUGUUUUGUUUGCCUGAUUGACUAAAAAUCGUCUAUGCAAAAUGUCUCUGUAGAUGAUUUUUUCAGGUAUGUGUGCGGCUGAAAUUCAGUCAGUAUGAGUGAGAGAUGUAGACACACGGCAGGUGUGAGAAAGGAGUCCCCCUCUGUGUGUAAAUCAUGGAAUUCCAUGUGAGGAUUCUGGAAAAUUUCAUUUAUAUAUUGAAAGGUAUGAGACUCUUCAGUGGAUUACACUGAGAUUGUGUCAGAUCACGAAGCCUGUAUUAUUUUCAGUUAUGCAUCCCAUCUGUUAUAUUUUAAACAAAAAGGUUUUCUGUUCUAGCUCAUCUUUUCUGCUAUAUAUAUGUUAUUUAAUAACUCUGUUGCUCAGAAAAUCAUCUGGUUCCAUAGCUAAUGUACAGACUUGCUUAAAAGAACAUAAUUACCAACAAAAUCUAAAAUGCUUGAAACUAAAUGUGGAAUUGUUGCAACCAUCAAAUGAUGUGAUUAUUUGUGUCAGGGGGUUUUCUACUACUUCUGAGAGUAGAGCAGGGUAAUACUAUAAUAAAUGAGAAUUGUGCAAUUUUGUGAUCACUUACAUUCACCGUUGUCCAAUGUGACAAUCUUUGUGUUCCUUGUAUUUCUAUCCACUGUCCUUAGUUUAAGUUCAUCAUCACAAAUGCUCAG